AUGGCUACCGUGCGGGCCCCUACAUCACAGAGCUCCGGCUCCGGCUCCGGCUCCGGCUCGAGGAGGUCCAGCAGGCGAGUCGUGGGCGAGUUCACCAUCGAGAAGGAGAUCGGCAAGGGAAGUUUUGCCCAGGUCUACCUAGGAUGGCACAAGGUGAGUCCUGUCCUCCCUCCCCUGUCGCGCUCUGCUGUGCUCACACGCGGUAUGCAGGACAGGAAGCAGGCCGUCGCCAUCAAGUCGGUAGAGCUGGAACGUCUGAAUAAGAAGCUCAAGGAGAACCUGUACGGCGAGAUCAAGAUCCUCAAGACGUUGCGACACCCUCACAUCGUCGCCCUCCACGACUGCAUCGAAUCAUCAACACACAUCAACCUCAUCAUGGAGUACUGUGAGCUAGGCGACCUGUCGCUCUUCAUAAAGAAGCGCGAGAAGCUUGGCACCCACCCGGCCACCCACGACAUGGCUCGCAAGUACCCGAGCUCAUCCAACUCUGGUCUCCACGAGGUCAUUAUCCGCCACUUCCUCAAGCAGCUCUCGAGCGCCCUCGAGUUCCUCCGCAGCAACAACUAUGUCCACCGGGAUGUCAAGCCCCAGAACCUGCUCCUGCUCCCCGCCAGGACCGUCCGCGAGGACCGCGGCUUCCCCGUCAUGGAGGCCAGCCAGAACUCGCUCAUCCCCGUCGCCGGACUCGCCUCGCUCCCCAUGCUCAAGCUGGCCGACUUCGGCUUCGCCCGCGUCCUCCCCUCCACGUCCCUGGCAGACACCCUCUGCGGCUCCCCGCUGUACAUGGCCCCCGAGAUCCUCCGCUACGAGAGGUACGACGCCAAGGCCGACCUCUGGUCCGUCGGCACCGUCCUGUACGAGAUGGUCACCGGCCGCCCGCCGUUUCGGGCACGGAACCACGUUGAGCUGCUGAGGAAGAUAGAAGCUGCCGAAGACGUCAUCAAGUUCCCUCGCGAGGUCGCCGUCACUUCGGAGAUGAAGGCGCUCGUCCGCGGCCUGCUCAGGAGGAAUCCCGUCGAGAGGAUGUCGUUUGAGAACUUCUUCGGCCACUCCGUCAUGACGGACGACAUUCCCGGACUCGUCGACGACGACCUGCCAGCUGGAUCAGCAAAGCCCAGACAGCAGCCGGCGCCGUCGUCGUCGUCGUCACAGGCCAGGUCCCCGGCCGACGCCGCCGCCGCCGCCGCCGCGUCCCCGCGGGAACAGGUGCCGAGGACAGCCCCGUCCUCUAGCCCGAGGCAGCAGCAGGGAGGGCACCGUCCGUCCUUGUCAUCUGACAGGGACGGUCUGGGUAUCCGCCGCCCGGCCGCCGCCCAGCACACGGCAUCGGCACCUGUCCAGCAUCGGCUGGGUGACGCUGCCGCCCGCCAGUCUCCGGCCGACACCCGGGCACGGCAGUCGCCCGGCCGUACGCCUACGGAGGAGGAAAGGGCAGCGCAGGAGGUCAUGUUUGAGCGGGACUACGUCGUCGUCGAGCGGAGGCACGUCGAGGUCAACGCGCUCGCCGACGAACUGGCUGCCAACGAGAAGCUCGGCCACGGAGGGGCGAACCCCCCGCGAGCCGGUCAGCUCUCGCGGCGCUCGACGCAGCAGGGUGCCCCGACGGCGACGGCGGGUGCCAUCCCGACGCCCACGUCGCGCAACGCCCUGGUGGCGCAGGGCCGACCCGCUCACGACCGUCGGGGGUCCUACGACAGGCCCCCCUCGGUCAGCCCGAGCUCGGCGUCGAGCGCCAUCUCCAAGGCCAUACAGGACGCCAGCCUGCGCCUGUUUGGCUUCAAGGUGCCGCCUCUCCGCGGCGGGGCCAAGGGCCAGUCGCCGCCGCUGUACCAGGCCUUCCCCGCGUACCCCACUCCCGCGCUGACGGCCGGGCUCCUCGGCGACGGCAGCAGCAGGGGCACGGGAUCGGCAUCGUCGGACGAGGACGUGAUGGCGGCCCAGACGAUCGAGGAGCUGGCGACGCGGAGCGACUGCGUCUUUGGGUUCGCCGAGGUCAAGUACAAGCAGCUGAUACCGCUGGCACCGUCGGUGGAGCACGGCCUCGGCGGCGUCGACGUCGACCAGGCCAGCUCCGACGAGGACGGGCUGACGACGGAGGCGGUCGUGGUCCUGUCGGAGGAGGCGCUGGUGCUGUACGUCAAGUCGCUGACGCUGCUGGCGCGGGCCAUGGACAUUGCCAGCGUGUGGUGGGCCAAGAAGAGCCGAGGCGAGGCGGCGACCGGCAUAUCGGCCGCCGUGUCGCAGUCGGCGGCGCAGCGCAUCAACGCCGUGGUGCAGUGGGUGCGGCAGCGCUUCAACGAGGUGCUCGAGAAGUCGGAGAUCAUCCGGCUCAAGCUGCUCGGGGCGCAGAAGCAGCUGCCGCCGGACCACCCGAACCACCCGGCCAACCACGGGGUGGACGAGUACUCGUCGUCGGUGACGACGACGUCGUCGGCCGGCAUCGGCGGCCCCAGCAGCCUCGGCGGCGUCGGCGCCGGUGCCGGCAUCAAGCACGUCUACCUCACGCCCGGGACGAGCGCGGAGAAGCUCAUGUACGACCGGGCGCUGGAGAUGAGCCGCUCGGCCGCCAUCGCCGAGGUGGCCAACGAGGAUCUGCACGGGUGCGAACUGUCAUACGUGACGGCGAUCCGCAUGCUCGAGGCCGUCCUGGACAGCGACGAGGAUAGCUCCCGACGGGUGGCUGGUAAGGAGCCAUCCAGGGAGGGGAACGGUGGUAUCGACUGCGAGGAGGAGCAGCAUGUUCGCAAGAUGAUCUCCAUGAUCAGCGGUCGUCUCAACUCGGUCAGGCAGAAGCUGCAGAUGAUUGCCGAUGCCAGUAGACAGUCGCGUCGAAGCGGAGAUGCCAGUCCACGACCGUAA